AUGCUUACGAACGGUAAAUUCUUCUCUCAGCAUCUGAAAGAGGAAGAAGUAGAGCACGGUGCAGAGGAAAGUAGCAAGACUUCCCAAGCUCCAACGCCGGUCGUUCAGGACAACUUGUUCUCACAAGUCGGUCACGUAGCCCCGGGUUGGGAUCCUCAUCAGUUUACCAACCCGACUGUAAGCUCUUCGUGGGACCAGUUCGCUAACUCGGCGUAUGAUCAUAACACGAGCGCUCAAUCGCAAGCGUGGAUGGGCACUAGUCAACCAUCACACGAGCAAACGUACAAUUGGGGCGGAUACUCUGAUCAGAAUCAACCACCUCAAACUGCUCCAUCUCAGCACUCAUAUGCCCCGGUGGAAGGAUACGGUGGUGCAGACCCAGCAAACUACGGAUUGAUGCAGCCCCUUGACUACCAUACUGUAGAAUACAGCCAAGGUAGCACUAAUCAACAGCAAGAUACUAAUAAUACUCAGGAUGGACUUGUCGGAAAAUUCACUGGGUUAUUCAAUGAAUCAGUCUUCAAAAGAUGA